GCUGUAGUGGUGGUGGUGGAGGUGGUGGCGUUUGAGGACUUGUCGUCGGGCGGUGAUUCCAGCAAAAAAUGCAUUUCUCCAUACCCGAGACGGAGAUUCGUUCGGGAGAGAAUGGAUCGACCUAUGUGGCCUACAACAUCCAUGUCAAUGGCGUGCUGCACUGUCGAGUACGCUACAGUCAACUUCUCGGCCUCCACGAACAGAUAAAAAAAGAGUAUGGCAGCAAUGUGGUGCCUGCCUUUCCUCCAAAGAAGAUCUUCACACUGACUCCUGCUGAGGUCGAACAGAGAAGGGAACAGCUGGAGAAAUACAUGCAGGCUGUGCGCCAGGAUCCUUUGCUUGGAGCCAGUGAGAUGUUCAACAGUUUCUUAAGAAAAGCACAGCAGGAGACGCAGCAGAUUCCCACAGAAGAAGUCGCUCUAGACAUCUGCCUCUCCAACGGUCAGAAAGUCACAGUCAACAUUCUGACCUCGGAUCAGACGGAGGAUGUCCUUGAUGCUGUCGCAACAAAGCUCGACCUUCCAGACGACCUUGUUGGAUACUUCAGCCUGUUUCUCGUCCGGGAGGGUGUCGAUGGAGGUUUAACAUUUGUGCGGAAGCUGCAGGAGUUUGAGCUGCCGUAUGUAUCCAUUACCAGCUUGCGGAGCUCUGAAUUUCAUAUACUCCUACGGAAAAGUUACUGGGACAUGGCGUAUGAUGGUGAUGUCAUGGACAACAGAGUUGGCCUGAAUUUGCUAUACGCCCAGACAGUGUCUGACAUCGAGCGAAGCUGGAUACUCGUCAACAAAGACCAGCACAGGCAGCUCAAAUCACUGCAGGAGAAAGGCUCCAAGAAAGAAUUCAUCCAUCUAGGUCAGACUCUCAAAUAUUACGGCUAUAUCAAGUUUGACCCUUGCAUCACCGACUUCCCCGAGAAGGGCUGCCAAGUCAUCGUCAGCGCCGGCAACAACGAGCUCAACUUCCAUGUCAAGCUGCCCAACGAGCAGAUGAAGGAGGGGAGCUUCAAGGUCACACGCAUGAGGUGUUGGCGAGUCACGUCUUCUCAAGUCCCGAUAGCCAACGGCACCACCAAUCCCUGCAGCUCGUCCAAGUGCGAGGUCAAACUGGAGCUGGCCUUUGAGUACCUGAUGAGCAAGGACCGCCUCCAGUGGGUCACAAUCACCAGUCAACAGGCUAUCAUGAUGAGUAUCUGCCUUCAGUCUAUGGUGGAUGAACUAAUGGUGAAGAAGUCUGGCGGCAGCAUAAAAAAGAUGCUGAGGAAACGACACAACGGCUCCAUCCACCGGUCAGACAGUCAGCAAGCUGUGAAAUCUCCCCCUCUACUGGACUCCCCCGACCCGAACCGUGAACAAAUCGUCAAACUCUCGACCAAGCUGAGCUCCGUGUCCCUCCGAGGGAUCAGCGCCUCCAACUCGGCGAACGACAUCAGCGGCAAUGAUUUCCACGGCAACUACGCUUUCGAGGGAAUCGGGGACGACGACCUGUAACCGCCGACCCGCCCCCUCCCCCCCUUUCCUCUUCAUUCCACUGUCAACGACUGGGACGAUGAAGAUUACGAGCUGAGCUGAGCCGAGCAGAGCCGAGCGGACCAAACACGGCACACGAUUCUGCAAGAUUGUAGCUUCUUCCCUGGAGAAAAAAAAUCGCUGCCUUAAGCUCUCGUUUAAUCUUUGACAAUGUCCUUUCGUUUAGACUCUUACAGCUCAUCUUGAUUUGUAUUUUAGUUACAAUCAUCGUAUUCAGUUGAGAAGUUUGUCCGUCGUGUUUUUAAACUUGUGGCAACAUACAGUCCAUAGCAUGUGAAGCUACAGGUACUCGAAUAGGGAGGCUUUCUGUAUGUUACCGUUUGAUUUUUCUACUUAGCUUCAUUCACAUGGAUUACUGUUUCAUGCACAGUAUAUGUGAAGUUCUUUAAUGCAGUUAAAUCCUGGAGGUACAAAGUAGAUUAAUAUAUUGUAAAGUACAUGAAGAAAUCCUGCUAGAUCCUGGAUUCUUCCCUUUGGUGGCUGCAUGUUCCUAUUGAGAGCCAAAUGUUUAGUUAGACCUGGCACUAGUGAUAAUACAGCAGAACUGGAUAUGGAUAGUUCUCGAAAAUGAGUCCAGUGAAUGUGUUGAAAAUCGAUCUCACAACUGUAGAGCUUACUCACAUGGAAGAUUUGGCUUGGCUAUAUACCAAAACGUCAUGUUUUUAUACCGUCAGUGGUCCUCUGUGUGUCGCGCUACUCGUGUGCUAAGUCUUAGCAAAGAUGCCAGCGGUGUUUGUUUUUUUUUUCCAGCUUCUGUUUGAGGCACAGUCACUCAUACUGCCUUCAGAAAUAGUCUGAUGCCUUAACUUUUCCUUUCCCAGCCUCGCAGGCUGUCAUUUAACCGGACAUUGGUUGGAACUUAACCGCCAGCGCCAGCCGCUGUUUCCUAGAAUCUUGCAGAGCUUGAUAGAUGGUUGAUUUGGCCGAGCUGCUUGCACUUGCUGAACCCAUCAUUUUGCACAGUAUUAACAGGUGGAGAUGAAUGUUUUGAGUGGAAGCAUGACUUUUUAACAUUGUGAGGAGAUUUUAUUAUUUUGUUUUCCUUCCAAGGGGCUCUGUAAAUCCAUCUAUGAUUUUAUUUUUUAAACCGAUUUUUUAAAGGUUUCUCAUAAAUGCCAAAUUAUAGUUUACUAAAGCAUUUUGCACAAAACAAACAUAAAAAAUUAUGACAAUGUCACUUUUUAUAUUAUGUACAUGCAAUUAAGUAUUCUGAACAUUUACUAAUACCUUUAUCAUCAAUAGCUUAUUGUAAUCAAAUAGAUCAAAUGUAAUCUAAGCUGUAUAGAACAAAAAUUUUAAAUGGACUAACAUUUAUCAUUGUUUACAUAAUGUUUAGCGGUGUUUAUUAGUUAAAAUGGAAAGUGUUUACAAAUUUUAAAUCUGAUUUUCUGUCUUUUUUUUUUUUUGCGAGUGAGGGUGUUGUGGCGAGCAUUCUUUGGGGCUUCAGUUCAUUGUAAUUUGUAUGUACAUUGUGCCAAUCAUCUCAGAGGAUUUAGUUGAAAAGGUGCUUUCGGUGAAGUGGCUAAUGUGAUCACAAUUUCUGGAGUGAACAAAAAAGAACACAUCUCGCUGUUUAACAAGACAUUUCAUUCCACUUUUAUCGGCGUCUUUUCGAAGCCUCUACAUGUAAAUCAGUGCCAACCUAUCAACAGCUUUACUCUCACAGGUAGCCAGAACUGUAAAUGAAACGUUCUCAGUAUAAAAUGUCUCGUUCUGUCACUGCUUUAGCUUCUUUUCCGUCUCCAGUUGCAUUCACAGUUGGGAUUUUCUAUUUUCUCGAUCCCUGUAGAUACCAUAUUACAUGGAAGCUGCAAAGGUCCUGGACGUUAGUAAUCUGUAGGUGCCAAAAUUACACUUUCAAGUGCAUUUAUCAUCAGCAUCACAUUUCCAGAAAAAUGUCAAGAUUUAAUGAAGAUUGUUUUGACUGGAUUCAUUCCACUACUUUUUAUUUCAGUCGUAAGGUCGGAGACAACUGUCAUGAUGCUACAAUAAACUCUGAAAUUAGGUGA